CAAAGAGAAACGUCCGCCCCCUUUGAUGCUCACACACUUCCUCCAUCAUACACACCACGACUGGGCUUAAACAUACAGGCUGCUGCCUUUCAGGAAUCUGUUUAACUCUGAAUCCUUGUAUCAAACUCAGGAAACCUGCAGCUACUGCACUCAGCAACGAGCUCACCUGUCGAGAAAGCAGCCACCUCCCCGACAUGCUGUCACUUUUUCCCGCGGAACAAGUUUUACACGUUGGCGUAUUUUGUUUCCAGAGCAGUUAGUUUUACCUCAGCUCAACGGUUUGAGUUGUGGACGGACUGAAAAGGGUUAAAGGCAUUGACCCGGGUUAAAUAAAACGCUUGGGAUGAAUAACAGCUCAGCUAACUCCAGAACAGGAACCAGUAUGUCAGGGAUAACAGGAAGCACAACAAAUUACCUGUGGUCCUUACAUGAUGUCCUCGGUCAGGGGGCCACUGCCAGUGUCUACAAGGCACGCAACAAGAGAUCGGGCGAGCUGGUGGCUGUCAAAGUGUUCAAUGUGCUGAGCUACAGCCGCCCCCAUGAUGUCCAGAUGAGAGAGUUUGAGAUGCUCAGGAAGCUCAACCACAGCAAUAUUGUGAGGCUGUUUGCUGUUGAGGAGCUGCAAACAAAGCAGAAGGUCCUAGUGAUGGAGUACUGUUCAGGAGGGAGUCUGCUCAACCUGCUGGAGGACCCGCAAAACGCUUUUGGCUUGCCUGAAGCAGAGUUCCUCACUGUGUUGCAGUGUAUAGUGCAGGGUAUGAAUCAUCUGCGGGAAUACGGGGUGGUGCAUCGGGAUAUAAAGCCGGGGAACAUAAUGAGGCAAGUUGGAGAAGACGGCAAGUCUGUCUACAAGCUGACGGACUUUGGAGCAGCACGAGAGCUGGAAGAUGAUGAGAAGUUUGUGUCUAUUUAUGGAACUGAGGAGUAUCUGCACCCUGACAUGUAUGAACGCGCUGUGCUGCGUAAGCCUCAUCAGAAGUCUUAUGGAGUGAGUGUUGACUUGUGGAGUAUCGGUGUGACCCUAUACCAUUCUGCCACGGGGAGUCUACCUUUCACACCUUAUGAAGGACCCCGUAAAAACAAACUCACCAUGUACAAGAUAACCACCGAGAAACCCAUGGGGGCAAUAGCCGGCACACAGCGGGUGGAAGGUGGUCCUAUAGAGUGGAGCUACCACCUACCUUACAGCUGCCAGCUGUCACAGGGCCUGAAAGUCCUUCUCAUUCCGGUGCUUGCAGGCAUAAUGGAGGCUGACCAGGGGAGAUGUUGGGGUUUUGACCAAUUCUUCACAGCCACUACAGAUAUAUUGCAGCGGCAGCCGGUUUAUCUGUUCUCCCUGCAGCAGGCCAUGGCUCACAGUAUUUACGUACAUCACUACAACACAGUGUCGGUGUUUUUUGAAGAGGUGGCAGCCCAGACUGGUAUUGGCAUCCAGCAACAACACCUCAUGUACCUGGGUCAUGACCUGGCUCUUGAGGGCAGCAUGAAGGUGAUAAACCUUCCAUGCACUUCAGCUUCUCAGCCUCUUAUUCUGCUCAGCAGCAUGCCUGAGACCAACACCAGCCUGCCCUUCCGAGAGCCGGAGACGCCUCCCAUUCCAUCCAGGUUUGACGUAGUGACAGAUUAUAAUUUCUCCAAGGUAACAGUGGGAAUAGUCCACCAGUACAAGAGGAUCGUGCAGUUACUUCAGACAUAUAGAGAGUUGCUGCUGCAGGGCUACUACAGCUACAUGAUGAAGUUACGCCACGAGUGCACAGAGGCCACGCACAGUAUUGCAAUAAUCACCAUUAGACUGCAGUCCUGCCUCAGUGCCCAGCACAGGAUUCACAGACUAGCUUCUUACUCCUCUGAAAAUCAAGGCUCCCUUGAUAACGCAAGUCAAAAGCUGCAGCUGGUUCAUCAGCACCUGCCUGUUUAUUCUGCUGGCAUCCGGGAUUUUCAGACCCAACUGGAGCACCUACAGAUACAGCAGGCCAAGCUGGUGGAGACCCUCACUCAUGAUAAGAGCUGCCAGAAGAUGCAGAUGCUGCUGGAGAAGAUAACGACAAUUCAUCAGCAGUAUCGUAAAGACAGAGUCACAGGAAAACUUGCAUAUAAUGACGAGCAAAUACACAAGUUUGAGAAAAUUCACCUGUCCUCCCACAUCAAGCGGGUGAAAUCUCUCUUUAGAGAGGAAUGUGUGCAGAGAUUUAAAGAGCUCUUGGCUUCAACAAGGACGUGGAGCAGCGUUCUACUGGAGAUGCAGACCCGGUUGCAGGACUUCAAUUCUUUCUCUGCUGGCUUACUAGCAGACUUGGAAAUAAGUGAGCAGCAGCAGAAUAAGGCUAUGGACAGAAUCGUUGGCUCUCCACAGUUUGGUAGAGCUGAACAGCAGCCUGAAAUCACAUGCAGGGACAAGGACCAGAUGGUCUCCAGGAUGCACAGUUUGAGGGACGAAAUGGAGCUUUUAGUUAGAGAACUACAGUGUAACAACAGCAUCAUAGAAGGCCUGGGAGUGGUGAGCUCUUCAGCUCUGGGAGCCAGUCCGACCAGACCCUCCACACUGUAACAAUCAUGUGCCAUCUAUGGAUUUUACCUCACAAAUCCACAUGCAUUGUCUCUUACAAUGACCGCAUUUUAGCUGCCACUGAUAAACAGUGUGGUUGAUCUUCUAUCUAGGCCAGCUAACAGCCUUACUUAUGCCUGGGACUAGAUAAUCUUGAUGGACCCCCAACCAUGGCAUUCUGUAGUAGAAAAUUAAUAUUUACCGUAUAAAGACAUGACUGUUACUGCCUUCUAUUUCCUUCCCCCUUCUAUAUGCUUUUCUUUAGAGCAGGUUCUAGAUAGAAAGCUAGCAGUGACACAAAUCCGAAAAGAUAAUUAGUUAAUAAAUACAAAUACAAAUUUGAGUAAAACUGGAAAGAUAUAUGUAAAAUAAAUGUGCUGAAACCCUCACUCAAUAACCGUUGGAGAUAGACAAUUUCCACGUGUGUAAAUAUAAAUUUUGAGAGUUAGAAUUUGUUGAAUUUUGAAACUUUUGGCUUUCCAUACCUGCUGUGUGUGGUCCAGAUCGUUCAUAUUUUAGGCUUCUGCUUGGGUGACGUUUAGAUUUGAGCUCCAGAUGGGCUGAACCUUCCUUUAGCAGUUGAGUUGACGCAUCUGGUAGUAACGUGGGAAAGACUAACAGUGCAGCCAUUAACGUUUACCAGCCACCAAACGUUACCUGUCGGACCUGUUCUAAUUAUAACUUCCACUAGCAACAGAGGUUAGAGGUUCUGCUGUAGUCUUCAGGUGACGGCUCAUUGGACAGUUUAAGGCUGUGUAUUUUCAUUUCUCUGCCUGUACCGCAGUGGCUAUGCUUCUACCUAUUAAUGGAUGUUAUCAUACAAAACGAAGCAGUCAGAGACACUGAAUAAAAUGUGAAUAAUUUAAAGAGAGAUGUAGAUAGGGCUCAGAUGGAUUCUUUCAGUCAGCGUGUUUGCUGACUGGGUAAAGCAGUUCAAUACAAACCUCAUUAGUGCCUUUUGUGUUAUUGUAUUUUUAAUAGGCUGCCAUAGUGAUAGACUGUGGGGAUGAAACAAAACAAAUGCUCUGUCAGCAGCUGGAGCGUUUUAUUGGUUGCAUUUCCUGUUUUUCCUUCCACUAGAGAAGCACUUGAGAAUCCAACCAUUCUGCUUCUGUGAGGGCAUCUAUACGAGUACUGAUAAUCCACAUUUUAGGAUAAAAGGAACUGAUGUAUACAUAUAUUCUGUUUUUUCAUGUCUUUGUGUUAAUGAUUUUUAAUAAAUCUUAUUUUGUGAA